AUGCGUUCCAUGUGGCAACUCUGCGCCAGCCUUGUUGCUCUGGUCAGCUUGGCGCAAGCUCAAGAUCCAGCACAGAGCACCAUCAAGAAGUAUCCCAAAUCGAUAUUGUUGUCCUACGAAGAUCUGGCAUCCUCUGGCAUGUCCAGGAGUCCUCUAGCGAGAAUAGAAUAUGAUCCGAGAAGUCUCGAUUACACGCUCACCUCUUGGACGCCCCCUUCUGUUGAUUCCCUACAAUCAACCUCACAAGAACCACAAUCUACGCCUCUAAUACGAGUACUACUUCCCGAAGGUGGGGCAACUGUCACAAGCUUAGGUGCUUUCGAUCCCAAGCUGUCGCAAGACAUCGACCUAUGGAUAUCGAAAGAUAACGGUCAGGUCAUUUCAGCUUCCAUCAGAGCCAUCACACCACCUCCACUAUCGAAAGAGGAAGAGCUACAGAGGCAGAAAGAAGAAAGACUGCGCAAACGAGGAAAAGCCGUUUCCAGCACGAUACCGAAACCAAAAUCAAAGAAAGCCAAAGACGCUGUAGUGGGCGAAGUGACAGUCGGUCCCGUGGUGAAAGUAAAUCUACUUAUUGCUGGACAAGGACCUGCGCCGAAGCUUAACUCGAGGAAACCAGCACAGGUGGAUGCUCAAGGAAAUGAGGUUGUCCAAGAAGAACAGCAGGAGAAAACAUUCUUGCAAAAGUACUGGUACCUUCUGCUCGGUCUAGCAUUCGUGUUGAUGAGUAGUGCUGGGGAAAGGGGUCCACUCGCGUUUUUCUCCUUGAUUGACGCUGUGGGCAUGGAUGAGCUUCUAACCAUCACAAGGUUGGCGCUUCUCAUGCACUGUCAAGAAGAUCGCCGAUGCCCGGCGCUCACCAUUAACAUGUCCUAG